CUUACUGAUUCCCACUUCUUGCUUCCUGGCUCAACGGCUUAGAAGCUGAGAACGCGCCGGUCCGCCGGAGGACGUUAACGAUUCUUUCACCACCACCACCGCUGCCGCCGCCGCCGUCGUUGCUCUCUACUAUCAGGUCAAUAAAUGGCAUCACCAGCUAGGCUGCUACAGGAUAUACAAGCAUCUUCCUUGCAAACACCCGUAUCUUGUGUGCCUAUGGAAGAAUCUUCUGGGAUUGAUCCUACUCCAAAUACUUCUUCUGCUCCAAGUGGAGGCACACCUAUAUUGGAGGAUUUAGGUGGUGCGACAAGUGAACAUGUUAAAGAACCUGCCCAGGCAAAAUUUGUAAAUGCACCUACCUAUGUGGUUCCUGCAUCUUCGUUCUCUUACGGGGUUAAUAAUUCAAACAGACCACCAUUUCAACCCCAAGUUCCUGGCUUGGUUUCAUCUUCUGAUUCUUCAUUUUCAUAUAAUGUCGUGCAAACUGGUGGUUUUUCUGGUAACCAGCAAAUGCAGUCAACCAGGGACACAUCAGUUGCUGUUAUGCAAGCUAGUACCCCAUCAUCUACAUCAACUGUCUCUCAGCCUGGUCCAUUUCCUGUCCAUAACUUUGGGCCAACAACUUCGAGGAUGUCCACUACCCCAUCCUUUUCCAUGCCUACAGGGUCUUCUGGAGUUUCAGGGUUACCUGGCCCACCUGGAUUAGUGCCACCUGGGCCUUUGAUAUCCACAUCUUUGGUUAUGGAUUCUCACUCUUCUGCUGUUUUGAGACCCAAUAUGCCAACAACUCCUGUUCAAUCUAAUCCAGCUAUCCAGCAACAAACAUACCCUGCCUAUCCAUCCUUACCUACUGUGGCUGCAUCCCAUCAGGGAUUUUGGAUGCAGCCUCCUGCAAUGGGUGGCAUUAGGCCACCAUUUUUUACAUAUUCUGCUGUUUAUACUGGACCCUUCCCUUCUCCAGCACAUGGUAUGGCACAUGCACCAUCACCUGAUUCUCAACCUCCUGGGAUAAGUUCGAUGGGAAUGCCAGGUGUUGUUUCUGCAUCUUCUGCUACUUCGGCAAAUCAGUUGUCAGCUACUUCGGCAAAUCAGUUGUCAGCCACUUCAGAAUUUCAGAGUGAAUUGCCUUCUCUAGGAAUUGGUGACAGUAAAUUAGUCAAUGAUGAUGGCACCAAGGUUGAAGCUGCUGCAAAUGAACAGUCAGAUGUCUGGACUGCCCACAAGACCGACACAGGAAUUGUCUACUACUAUAAUGCAUUAACCGGAGAAUCCACUUAUGAAAAACCUGUUGGAUUCAAGGGGGAGCCUGACAAAGUUACCAUGCAGCCAACUCCUGUUUCAAUGGAGCACAUAGCUGGUACAGACUGGGCAUUGAUUGCAACUAAUGAUGGCAAGAAAUACUACUACAACAACAAAACCAAGAUUAGCAGUUGGCAGAUUCCUUGUGAAGUGACUGAGUUGAAAAAGAAGCAGGAUAGUGAUUCAUCAAAGGAGCAUUCAAUGUCAGUGUCAAAUACUGAUAUAGUGGCUGAAAAAGUAACUGCCCCCAUAAUUUUGAAUGCUCCUGCCAUUAGUACCGGUGGUCGGGAUGCCAUGUCUAUAAGAACCUCAGCUGUGCCAGGAUCCUCAUCUGCAUUGGAUUUAAUCAAGAAGAAGUUGCAAGAUUCUGGAGUUCCUGUUAAUUCCUCACCUACUCCAGUUUCACCAGCAACCACUACAACAGAAUUAAAUGGAUCAAAUGCAGUUGAAGCUAAGGGCUUGCAAAGUGAGAAUGGAAAAGAUAAAGCACAAGAUGCUAAUGGAGAUGGUAACAUGUCUGAUUCAUCUUCAGAUUCCGAGGAGGGAGAUAGUGGGCCAACAAAGGAGGAAUGCAUAAUUCAAUUUAAGGAAAUGCUCAAGGAACGGGGAGUGGCACCAUUCUCGAAAUGGGAGAAAGAACUUCCAAAGAUAGUGUUUGAUCCACGUUUUAAGGCUAUUCCCAGUCAUUCUGCAAGGAGGUCCUUGUUUGAACACUAUGUUAAGACACGUGCUGAAGAGGAGCGCAAGGAAAAAAGAGCAGCUCAGAAGGCUGCUAUAGAGGGAUUUAAACAGUUAUUAGAUGAAGCAAAAGAGGACAUUGACCAUAACACAGAUUAUCAAACUUUUAGAAAGAAAUGGGGAAAUGAUCCCCGGUUUGAGGCUUUGGACCGUAAGGAUCGGGAGCACCUAUUGAAUGAAAGGGUGCUUCCUCUAAAGAAGGCUGCUGAAGAAAAAGCUAGGGCAGAACGUGCUGCUGCAGCAUCUAGUUUCAAGUCCAUGCUUCAGGAAAAGGGAGAUAUAAAUGUUAAUUCCCGUUGGUCAAGGGUGAAGGAUAGUCUGAGGAAUGAUCCCAGGUAUAGAUUGGUUAAUCAUGAAGAUAGGGAGAUUUUGUUCAAUGAGUACAUAUCUGAGCUAAAAUUCAAAGAAGAGGAAGCAGUGCGGGACGCAAAGGCAAAAAAGGAAGAGGAGGAGAAGCUGAAAGAAAGGGAGCGAGAAAUGCGGAAAAGGAAAGAGAGAGAGGAACAGGAAAUGGAAAGGGUGCGACAAAAAGUUCGCAGGAAGGAGGCAGUUGCAUCUUUUCAAGCUUUGCUUGUGGAAACAAUUAAGGAUCCUCAGGCAUCUUGGACAGAAUCAAAGCCUAAAUUGGAGAAGGAUCCUCAGGAACGUGCAACCAACCAUGAUUUAGAUCCGUCUGAUACAGAGAAACUAUUCCGUGAACACGUAAAGAUGCUACUAGAGCGAUGCACACAAGAUUUCAAAGCUUUGUUGGCUGAAGUCAUAACUGCAGAAGCAGCUUCUCAGGAGACAGAAGACGGGAAAACUGUCCUCAAUUCAUGGUCAACAGCAAAGCGUCAUCUAAAGUCUGAUCCUAGAUACAACAAGAUGCCAAGAAAAGAGAGAGAGGCUUUGUGGCGUCGAUAUGCAGAGGAGAUACUGCGGAAGCAGAAGUCAGCAGAUCAAAAAGAAGAGAAGAACACAGAUGGAAAAGGUAGAAGUUCUGGUGAUGCUGCAAGAGUUUCAUCCGGGUCACGGAGAACUCAUGAACGUAGGUAGCUUGUGAGGAAGGAAACCAUGGGCUUCUGUGGUAUUUACUGAAUUCUUUGUUUCAUAUGAAAAACUGUUGUCAGUUAGGGCUUUCUUCAAUUCUGCUAUUUUACCUUGCUUUUCCUGUGAAAGGGAAAAUUCCAAACGAAAAAAGUGUAUACUGUGAAUGCUGUCAUAUUUUGGUUGAUGUGUUUAUUAGAUGCCAAAUCCAUCACAA